AUGCGGGCCUUCGAGAAUGACCCCUCACAGAAAGUAUGCAUACUCACGGGAAUGGGCGGUACAUUCUGUGCCGGUGCCGACCUUCACGAAGUAGCUGGACAAGAUAGUGGCGAUGCUACCGGCAAGGAGACAAAAGGAGGACGAAGCCAUUUUCAAGCGCCACCAGCGUCUGGCGAGCAAUCUCUAGGCCCGAUGGGCCCAUCACGACUCCAGAUCCAGAAACCUAUCAUCGGCGCUGUCGCUGGGUAUGCAGUGGCAGGCGGGUUGGAACUAAGCCUGCUCUGCGACAUCCGCGUGGUGGAAGAGGACGCCGUGUUCGGGGUCUUCUGCAGACGAUGGGGCGUGCCACUUAUCGACGGAGGCACAGUUCGUCUCCAGGCAGUGGUUGGAUUGGGCAGGGCACUUGAUAUGGUAUUGACCGGGCGUCCAGUCAGUGCGACCGAGGCCUUGUCUAUGGGGUUGGCAAAUCGUGUGGUACCGAAGGGGAAAGCUGUGGAAGAGGCUACGGCUAUUGCGAAGCAGUUGCUUUCGUUCCCGCAGCUUUGCAUGAAUGCGGACCGGGACUCUUGCUACUAUAGUGCAUACCAGGCUAGCUCGUUUCAGGAUGCCCUGAGGCAUGAGUAUGAGAAGGGAGUGAAAGUUUUGGACCUUGAGAGUAUCAAAGGGGCUUCCCGAUUUAGUCGUGGUGCAGGGAGGCAUGGAAGUUUCAAGAAUGGUUCGCGUCUUUAA